AUGGGCAUUAUCAUUUUGACCUGUAUAGCAUGGCCUCUACAAGAAGAUUUGAAGAAGAUAGAAAAGGAAAUUUCUGGUGGUUUUAAUGUCGAAAUUACAAAAAUUUUUAGGAGUAAAUUUAAUGAAACUUUUGAAAAAGAAAACCUUGACGAGAUAGCAGAAAACUCUGAAUCUAAAAUGCGCGAAAGUUUAAAGGAAAAUUCAAAGGGUGUAAGAAAGAUUUCUAAUAAAAUACAAGAAAAGACUGAUAAAGAGGUGCAUGAUAUUUGUGACUCAAUAAUUAAAAAAAUUUCUGAAAGUUUGGAAAUUCCGGAAGAAGCUAAAAUAGAAGAAUAUUACAAAGAAAUCUUAGAUGGCAAAGAUGAAGAAUUCCUGGGUGAUGAGGAUAACUUGGAAAAAAAAAUUACAACUGCUGAAGAAUUUAAUCGAAAACUUACUAACAUAAUACAAAAGGAAUUUUUCAUUUCUCUACUAAUGGAUGAACUUAUUGCCAUGUUGCUAGAAAAUUAUUUUGAGUUGCUAAAUUAUGAGAUUUAUAAAAAAAUUCUAGCUGAAAUUAAUGCAAAGAAUUUUGAUAAAGCAUUAAAAAAAAUCUCAAAACGUAUGUUUGAAAGAAUUUUCAGUAAAAUGAAAAAAGAAAUUGAAUUUAAAAUUGGACGAAAAUUUAAAAGUUAUUACAAAAGCGAAGAAAAUUCUGAAAGGAUACAAGAUGUUUAUGAAGAGAUUCAACCAAAAUUUUCCGAGUUAUUUUAUGAGACUCACGAAAUUUCUGAUCUGAUUAAAAGGUUUCUUGACGAGAUACAUAAAGUUGAAAAUCUUAACAUAAUAAUCCCAAAAACUUUUGAUCAAAUGAAAGAUAAAUUUUAUGAAGAUGUAACAGUAAUCAGCAAUAAUACACUGAAUGGAAUUUUAAACGAUAAUUCAAAUAAAGCACAAUUAUUAUCAAGAAGACCAACAUCACAAAAAUUGCCAAGAACAUCAACAUCACCAAUAACACCAAUAACACCAGCAUCACCUUAUAAGAAUGACAAUUUUGUCAAAUCAGAGGAAGAAGAGUCUAAUAAAUUAUUGGAUAUUUGCAAAGAUUUGUUAAAGAAAGAAGAUGAAAAUCAUACAAUGAAGAGCGCGUUGAUUUUCUUCAUGAUUGUUGAUAGUGAAUCCUUAGUAAUUUUGGAAAACGCAUUAGAAAAAAAGAAAGAAAAUGGCAACAGAAGUAUAAACGAAGAUUUUAUAGAUCAAGAAAAAGUGGAGUCGGAAAUAAAUCAAGAAAAAUUGGAGUCAGAAAUAAAUCAAGAAAAAAUGGCGUCAAAAAUAAAAGCGUAA